UUAAUCGGGUAUCGUUUCCGUGGAUCUCUCCUCCUAUGACUACCCCAGGUAAGGCUGAUCCAACCCCUCAAAUCAGUUAGCUUCUUCUACCGCAGAAUUUGACACUCCAAUGCCACACUUUGUUUAAAACAAGCCUUGUGGAGGCUUAUCCUAAUCCGGAAGCACUAGUCCCAAGCUAUGGUCACCGACAAUGCUCCUACUGCCUCUGUCUUCCUCUGCCACAGAACAUCUUCCGAUACCGGAUAUGAUGGCGUUCUCCUUCGUCCUUAGCACCUAUCACGCAAGAGACGUUAGAGUUCUUGCUCCCCUUACUGGCCCGGUCCACUUAGUGCCAUUCAUAGGAUUGUUUCCCUGGUGUGAUUGAUCACUAGAUUUGGCCCCGUCUAUCUAUUAUUGCCGGAAUACGUCUAGUCUGCUAGACUAGCAUAUCUGUGGCCGCUUCAGAUCCCCUUGUGCUGACAUGUUAUGUUUACAUUGGGGAUAUCACCUUGUUCCCUUCCAGCCCCUCUGACAUCGCAGAUGGUUACGGGGCAAGAAAUGAUCAAAUAAUGUGAUUUGUCUUGAAAAAGGCCAUGCUCCCUUGACCAUGUGUUACUCUUGCAUUCACCUAGUACGGAGAAAUUCCCAUGUGAAUGCAUAGGCACCACGAUGCAAGAAGCCGCAGCAGGAUAAUAAAGAUUGGCCUGUAUCAUAUCAUGCACUACUACAACGCUUAUACAUCGACCUAUGAGGUGUUUUUUUUUUUUACCCUUUUCCUUGGCCAUGAUAAAUGUUAUCAUCAAGUCAUAGUCUUGACCUUGACGGAGGUAUGGUAUGAUGGGCCUAAAUUCUGCCUUGCCCCCAUAGUAUUUUCCCAAGUGAACUCCAUCUCUCAGAACGGCUAAUGCAGACGUCGUUAUACCCACCCACCAAAGUCGGUUAUACAUGAAUUGCGGCACAGCAAAGCUGUUUCAUGUUCCUGAGAUGGUUUACACUGUCCUGACUCGAACACAUAUCUAAAUGCCUCAUACUUCAUGCAUACCAAGGCCCAUCAUAGAAGUGGAAUUCUUACAGAUAGAUGAAGUUUUCAUGAUCUGACCCACACACUCUCACACACAGUCUAUAGCGAGACAGAGAAGCCUAGAUAGAAAAAUUGAGACAAACAGAAAUAUAGAUACCCUAGCCGCCAACUCCACUUAGAUCCAACUCUCCCAGUAUGCUUAUCUAUACCCUCCUUGCUCUUCAAAGAAGAUUAGCUAGUAUUGCGGUGUUCGCCGUCUGCCUUUCUCAGGUGAUUUUCAUGCAUGAUCAGACGAUGCAUGGGGAUCUUGCCCCUGGAUUGCCUUAUUCCUCAUCCAUGGUCUUGGAAUGCAGUCAGACACCCCUGCUUAGGGUUGUGAGCCCAAUACCACCAACCCAAUCCCUGGUUUAGACUUCAUUCAGUAUUCCCGCAAUUCUAAUGGGAUUCAUCCAGAUCAAGAGCAGGGAAUCUGCCUGGCUUGAAUAUAUCGCUAUCUGCCGUCAUGACACAUAGAAAUCGACCAAGUUGUACUUCGUCGUGCUUGCGUUUGUUUCAGACAGCACUCUAUCGCGUAUGUACGGUGGCAAAGAGUGAUGGUCAAUGAAUGUCGAGUUUCUCUUCUAGGUAUCCCGUCUGUAGCUCAGCGUCAUGCCUAUAGUAUAGCAGAAUAGCUUGAUCCCGGAUUUCAGUUGCCGACGAAAUCGGUACUGGUGCCAUAUGUCCGCGGAGAGGAUACACUCAAGGCGAUUUCGAGGAGACAGAUAUGCUGGUGACCCAUGGGUUUACCUGGUGAACUAUUCCUCUAUGCUGUUUGAUAUUCGGACUACUACUCUAGUAGUAGUAGUCAACCAGAGUGCACAAGCGAGAUGCCUUGAAGAUCUCCUGAAUACCAAAUCCAUAUCAAGAGACCGGGAAACAAAAUACAUAUUCCAAGUAGCGGGUAACGAUGCAUGGUUACUGACUGAAGCUGUUCAAUAUCGUUAUGUGGAACCUGUGAGGUUGACGUUGAAGUCGAAGUGUCUUCCGCUUUGGGAUACAGAUGGCGGGGAGAGAACUUCACUGCAAAACGGCCCAGCAACACCAUCACUUACGGCUGAGAUGAUAGAGAAUUUACCGAACAGAUCAAGACAAGAUAAUGCGGGAAAAGUAGAGAUCAUCGCUGAUUCCUAUAGAAAUAUUCUGCUUGUCACAGCCAGGGAGAAGACAGCAUGUCCUAUUCCAACCCUCCCUCCACCGCACUUCAUGACGGAACGCUGAACCUGCCAAUCCUUAAGUUCUCGUACGCUAUAACGUCUGCGAACCGUACCGCUCCGUUGGCAUGGACACAUCUAUCUGGUGGCUCCGACCUGUCGGUCAGUUUCUCUGCUAUACGUGUAAGAGACGAGACAUCAAAGUGGACAAGGGAGGGCAAGCUGCUGAAGGUUUUGAAAGGGCAUGAGGUGUUGGUAUGUCCACCCGAAUAAAGCUCGUGGGUGUGGCCGGAGGAAUGGCUAAUAUGACUGGGUAUGGCAUGUGUGCAGGAGGAGCUUGAUCUAGGAUUCCUCGCACAGAGAGGAGCGUCGAUAUCAGCGGGAGAUGCUAAGGCGCCAGUGGCUAUAGUUGUGAAGACUCCAUGUCUAGCUAUACGAUAUCCGUCCAUUGCUAAUCAGGUAUUUACACGGGCCAUCUUUGAUGUCGAUUUUACAGUGCUAACUUUGCUAGACACGUCGAUUCCAAGUGAAAUUUGCCUCUGCAGCAGAUUAUAACCAAGCCAUAGCUGUGCUGAAAGAAGCAAAAUGUCCGAUAACCGAGCCACCGUCAUCAGCGAUACAGGUGUCACCAUAUACGACUCCAGCACUAAGGACCGGGUAUGCAGGGACGGACCCUCGUAAUGUCCCGCCGACUCCAGAAUCAAUAAUAACAUCUUCGUGUUAUUAUACGGAUGGAUUGAGCACUCGACCGGCGUCAUCAGCAUUUGCAGAAACGCGGCCAUCAUCUAUGGUAAGUACUCCCUCUUUCUGUAAAGUCUAGUUGAGGGUGAAAUAACCGCGUAAAUUAGGAGUCAUCGAUGACUCUCCCAAACCUACCUAUGGCUCGCUCAAGCUCGGUAACGGCACAGUCGCACUGUCUAAAGUUGCCACAGACAAAGGCACAAGCAGAGGCAGAAGCAGAAGCAAAAGUACAGGCUGAAUCAGCUCCUCGGCCAUCAACAGCGCCAACAUUCCUCACUUCGGACUCUAUUAGCCAGCUUCUGCCGCCAAAGCGAGACCUGCCAUUUGCAAAGACAAAGAAAAGGCUUGCUGGAAGAUCUCCAUCAGGGGUUCCUAGCCCCAAGAAAACAGGCAGAGUUGGCCAGGGAAGAGGUGGCCAGCAUAAUGCUUGCACAGCAGCUGCAGAGAAUGUAGCCAGGACAGCACAUACGUCAACGGCAGGACCGAGCGUACAACAAGCCAGCCACAGUCUGACGAGGGGCAAAGAAGGCGAGAAAGAAGGUGAAUCUAGCCGUGACAUUCCAAUGCCCCUCCUUCCAUCUCCGAGCAUUUCGCCGCAGAAGGGAGGGAGCAAAGGGAGCAAACACGGGGUGAGAAAAGACACGAUCACCAUCACAGAUGGCGCAGCACUAGGAGAGAAGGAUAUCGGCUGCUCCAAGAGCACAGGCCUCCUUCCAUUUACCCGUGAAGAUCUGUCGAGCUACGCUUCGCGCCCGAACGCCGAACGAUCCGAUCUGAUCGAGUCGUGGGUAUGCCAGCAAUUACAAAACGACUCGUUCAUAACACUCUGCCAGGACAUGGAGGGAGUCUGGAAGCGGCUUGCAUUUGGAUUUUGAUCCAAGCUGACUAUGGCGGGAGGAACAAACUGGCUGGUUAUGUCAGCCACCGCAGGUAACCGAUGUCUUGAUGACGAAAAAUAGACCGUCAGUCGCAAAUGAAGAGAAUUGUGCUGCAGAGGGAGAAGAUGAAGGAAGAAAUGCAGAGGGAAAGCCAGCUUAACUUCCCGACCAACCGCUGACCCACUGUAAGAGGCAGGUUAUAUAGCUAACUAGGACUUAGCAGUUGUUGAUUCUGAACAAUUCUUUUUAGAUGUCAAUUCCGCGUAACUAUUAAAUACCCGCUUUCUGUUCCUCGGACACUGGUUUGUGGUCCAGUCCGCAACGCAGAAGGUAACACGUUAACUAAUAAUGCCUGAUAUAUGGGAGAAGGACUACCACUGUAGAACGGAAGCUUGCCGAGACUUCUGGUUAUGCACAGCGCACAUACCUCUGACCAGGCCAUUGAAGUGUGGAAAAUCGAACUGUUUAGUGCCAAACACCACUCCUGUUAGGUUGAGAGCCGGUACCCUCCCGGCCCUUGGAAAAGGAUGAGAGGAUGACGGGCUAGGCCAGGGGCUCGGCCAGGGGCUCUCCCAAUCGCGAUGCGUCGGCCAUUCCCAUGUAUCAGACGGGCACCGUUGGGCAGGCUGUGAAGAACGGAGAUCCCUCUCCCGCUGUACAUGCAUACAGACAGGCAGCAGGUAGGCAGACAUGGCGGCACCGUAGAGACAUCCGUCCCUAUCGACGAGAUAGCUUAUAUUUAAUGCUCCCGACCCAUGUUUUGUUUUUUUACGUAACUUAUCCCAUCAUCCGUCGCCCGUCGUCUGCUUGCUCGCUCGACGUCCGUCAUUGACCCAGAACAAUGGCUUUUGAGUCCAAGGGGUUUUCCGUGGCCGCGGGAAAGGAGAGCAGAAGUAUCCGGGGCCAGCUGAGCUUCGGGAUAUUGACGAGGGCGACACGGGCUCAGCUUGUAGACGGAGCAGAUGCAGGAUGGUUGGCUUGUUGGACCAAGCUAUGCCGUAGGACCGCUGUGCCUCCCGCGGCCAAAUUAUCCGAGCUGGCGAGGAGCUAUCUACUAGCUCACCAACAGUUCGACUGUUGAGUAGCCUCGUCUGCCCGGCCAACGAGUUAGCUAUGUCGUGACUGCUGGC